AUGACGCAGCCUCAGCAAAACUCUCCUACACAAGAAUUGCUAGAAAUAUGCAAUGGAGCAAUCGCACAUGUUCCUCAUACUAAGAAAAAGACAAGUACGCCUCAUGUGACAGUUGAAAUUGAUCGCUCGUUAAUGAUUUAUUACAACGAGCCAGUACCGAACUACAGUGAGUUUGACCAAUCACCACCACCACCGUAUCCUGGUAAUACUGUCGAGCAAGCUGGGACAGAGAACAAAUGUGAAGCAACUUCUGUAACGCUUGUUAUCGAAUAAUCGUGUAUACGAGUUUGAAGUUCGUUUUAUAGCAAAUUCUCGUUUUCCGUAGUUUUCGAGUUACGCAUGUUUUUGUGAGAUCCACAAACUGCUGAGACUUUUGUUCUUUAGCGAGUAAUUCUUUGAGCCACUCUUUUGAAACAUUCUUAUUAUAUAAUAUUUCUGUAACGCGUACAAGCGUAUCCGCAAGCACAGCCUUACUCCGAACUAAUCGCAGCUCUAGAAAUCGUAAUAUAACUACGAAAAAUAUUUGCGCUGUCGGGCGCUCCUUUAGGCUUCUGUUGCUCUGACAGCCACAUUGAACACAUUCAACAGUUGGAACAGAAAUCUACUGUUGGCGUUUUAUCGACAUAAUUUCGUUUAAUUUCAAGUCCAAGUACCUAUUUGAAUAGCGCAAGAAUUCUGCUACGAAUUCAGUUAAAAUCUUCCGUUUUUGUCUAAUUUGGUUGGGAAACAAACCAGCUUUUUCUCACGAACCGGCUGAAAAAACAUCAGUUUUAGACCUUGUUUGAUAAAUAUUCCUUAAUGUAACAGAGUGCUCUUUCGUCCAGAAGUAAAUAUACAAAUAUAGAGGAGUAAAAAUAUUAAAAGGAUUUGAAAAUUCAUUGAGUAAAACGGUCUUUAUACGCAGAACAGCGCAGAGUAGUAACGGUACAAUGCCAUUGCAAUUAUAAUGUAAUUAAAGUUAUCUGAAAGCCGGAUAUUCAAACUUUUUAGUGAACUUUUGCUUCUCUUCACAAUUGAAAAAAAGUGAAUCUGAAUUUCAGAUUUUUUUCAAGUUUUAACUGACUACAAUAGUCAAAAAACAGUGUCCUUCGAAAACCUUACUGCUGUUCAUUUCACUGGGCUUUGAAGAUGUAAUGAUAUUUUCCAAAUAUAAUCUGAUUGAAUGUUUUUUGAGGGAUAUUUAGCUAAGAGCAGAUAGAGACUGAUAGUUUUCGAUGUUCCAUAGAGGAUAAUUCACGACAUGAAUAAAUGAGAAAACUGAGUUCAAGUUCUCUGUUCAUCAUAGUGUAUUUUAUCAUGCAACCGUAGAUGGUUUUCGUGACAGGAACGAAAACGUACAGUAGUAAUGACUUGAAAACUCAGUAUCAAUAUUGGCUGUCGUAAUAUAAUUGUUUAAAAUUAUUAAUGUUUAGCUUUUUUCAAACUAAGACACUUCUGAGAAAAACGGAUAAAAUGAUACAUGAAGCUAAAAUAUCACAUUUCGAACGAAAAAAUCCAAAAAGGUCGAUAUUUUCGAUAUUGGUAUUUCGAUAUGGAUACCGAUACUCUUGCAUACCAUGCAAAUCGUAUGCGAUUUUUGAUUUUCAUCUGAUUUAAAUAUUUUAAGGUGCCCUCUUUCAAGUUAGAAUAGUAUUUAGACUCUGAAACAGGCGGGAAUGCGUUUUCAAGCGGCUUACAGAAAUCGUCCUUGAGGAUUUUUCUACUUUUCGCUGGUUUUUGACGAAGUUUAUAAGGCGCGCGUAAUUCAAAGUUACCACGCAUUUUUAUUUUUAAUUCAAAUAGAUAUAUUCUGAUAGAGCAAAGUGUGCUGAUCACGAAUAUCGCCGUCCGAGUUUAAAAAAUAUCAUCUUCAGGG